UUUAGUAUAACAAUAGUCAUCCAUCGAUACAAAACUAUAGAGAAAUGUAAAAAUAAAUAUUUGAAGUGAGAAUCUCUACAAAAGUCGAUGUGAGGCUGAAGAUGAGUAGUGAUAGUGUGUCCUCACCGUCCAUUCUGGCUCUCUUUAAUCAAAAUCUAUCUCGCACGCGCAUGUGACGUCUCUUUUUAUUUCGUUUCUAACUAUUUCUUUCCCUUUUAUUCCCUUUUAAUGAGUACAGAAUUAUAGAAAAAUAGAAGGCUGAAGAACCUAAGAGAAGCACACUUCACUCAUAAAGAAAACUAGUGUUUCAAAAAAAAAAUCAUAUAGAAAACUAAAAAAGCCGACCAUUUUUCGAAAAACCUAAUCAGUUUACCUAGUUAUGAACAAUCCAUCUUAAAUGCAUGAUAUACAUAUAUCGCUUAUAAUAAAGUUUUCCUUAAUUUAUUUAUGUUAACCAAAAAAAAAAUUCCUUUCUAAAUGCUGUGCAUGUGAUAUAUAUAUCACGUAAUGUUGAUGGUGUUACUGUUAUUUGAUAAUAUAAACAAAGAGGGUUGUAAAAGAAUGGUUUUAAGUUUCAACCAAGCGAUUGAGCUCUCUGAUGUGAAGUUCAUGCAGGAGAAGAAACUGACUGGGAAGUACUUCGAGGAGAUAUUAGUCAAGAGAAUUAAGGCAACACCGAUUUUUCCUUUUUAAGUUUUAACAAAGUUAACAUUUAACGGUAAUAUUCUACUAAUUAGUAACAAUUAAAAUCAUCAUUAAUAAGCUUACCUUAUGUAAAUGUCCUCAAAAUUUUCAUAAACUGGAAAGUAGCCGUUGGAUCAUUGGAAAAGAAAAGGAAACUAAGAAGAAUACAAAUAAGCCAAAUCCGUGUUCUUAGAUUUCAUAAUCUUUUGGUAUCUUUCUUCUCUCUGGAAAAAAAAUCUGUAAUGAAUCCAAAAAGAUGUGCUGCUUGCAAAUAUCUGAGAAGAAGAUGUCCAAAAGAUUGCAUUUUCUCACCUUAUUUCCCUCCAGGCGAUCCUGAUAAAUUUGCAUGUAUCCACAGAAUCUAUGGUGCUGGAAACGUUUCCAAAAUGCUUCAGCAACUUCCUGUUCAGACAAGAGCUGAAGCAGUGGAAUCUUUGUCCUUUGAAGCAAAAUGCAGGGUAGAAGAUCCUGUUUAUGGAUGUGUUGGGAUCAUUUCUUUGCUCCAAACAGAAAUUCAGAAAACCCAAACUCUUUUGGCCAGAACGCAAGCUGAGAUUGCUGUUGCUCAAGCCAAACAUAGCCAAACCCAAGUUAAUGAAUUUAUGUAAUACUAUCUCAGUUUCAUCUAUAAUUUUCCAAAUAAAAAUCUCUUCUUCAUCUCUGUUUCUGAUUGCUUCUACUCUCCUUGUAUGCAUUUUGUUCAAACAAUGCGCAUUUUGUUCAAACAAUGCUUGUCUGUGCAAGUUUCAAAUAUGACUUUAACGAAAGUUCCAAAGUUAAUGAUCGUUUUGAGAAAUCCAUUAAUAAUAACAUGUCUAUAUUAAGACGAUAACACUUUUUAUUUUUCUACCUUCUACAAUUAUGGAACAUUUUCAAGUAAACAGGAGAGCUAAGACAUGAACUAUACUUGUAUAGUUACAAAGAUUGCAUAUGAAUCUGUUUAAAAGAGGGAAAAAAA